AUGAUACCCAGCACACCGCCUCCCACGGGCACCGUUGCCCGCGCUCGCCUGAGCUUGGCCACUGCGGUGUCAUUUGAUACUCAGAGGAUGGCAAGCGAAAGUGAGACAAAUGACGACCCCAGCCGGGUCGUCAUUGCUCUUGAUCACUCACGAAGUGACGGGAACAAGGCUGUUUGGCCGAUGAACAACUCGGACCCGCGAUGGGAGUAUAGACUCCGUGACGACGAGAGUUGGCGUAUUGGCCUGGCUGAAAUGUGGGUCAAGAAGCAGAUGCCAAUCCAAGAAGAAGGUCGUACCAAGGCAGAAAUGGAAGCUGAUCGCCUGAAGGCUUUAGGCGUCGAGCAGCUUGUCAGAAGCCCCCGGCCUCCACCUCGAGAGAUGAUUCAGGAGCUACCAGAGGAUGCUAACGGCCCUGACUACUGGAAAAUUCAUGUCAUGGAUUUGAAAAAGAAAGGCACUGUUGAUGAAGAGAUCGACCACCCGUUCAAUCUUGACUGGGUACUGACCCAUGACUAUCUCAAAGACUACUUUGUGCGUCUUCCACUGCAGCCCGCCUUUGUCCCCCGGAUAGGCGAGGUCGUGCUCUUCACUUAUUCUCUUGAAGGCCGACUCGAAACCAACACUGAAACAAACGUUGUGGAGAUGCGUGCAGAGGACGGCCGUUGGCUUGGUAUGCCGGAAUGGAGGGCCGGUGUUGUCACGCAAGUCUCUGAGGAAGAAUCAAGCUUCCUGGACAUUGUCCAAGAGACCAAAAAGCAGCAGCCAAUUUCGUAUUCCGGUUUCCGUGUGGAGACGCUCCCUGACCCUUUGGCUGAUGACAAGUCCUACUCGUUGCAUUACAAAUAUGUACCCCUCAGAUGCAUCAAACCUUUCGGAUCAUUCGAACGCUGGCUCUGGCCCACGCCCCGAGAGAAGCUGCACCCCUCUAUUGAAAAUGCAAUGACGACGAUGGCAUCCUACAGUCUCUUACACAAGGUUCGAUUCAAGGGCACUUGGCCAAAUGCUCGAAUCGGCUGCAAGGGUAUUUACAUCGGGCCGGAAUUACUCGCUGUCGCAGACACUGUACGCUUGAAGCCCUUUGGUCUGAAGGCCGAAGACAUGGAGACUAGCCAGGGAGAAUUAAAGUCAGGCCUUGAGCCUCCACUCAAUGACGUGAUGGUCAUCGAGGCUAUUUGGCUUGAACUUGGAGACUGCGACGCAGACCCCCACAGCGAGCAGCUUGCCAGGAGCAUGGUCCCCUUCAUUGCCGGAAAGGUGUACACCCGUGAUCCUCAUCGGCUGAACCGAGUCAUGCCCUUCGAUCCUGCCCCUUUGGAGAAGCUCACUCCCAAGGAGGUCGACGAUGCGUUUCAACAAGUGGGAAUGCGUGUGUACGGUCGCUGGUAUCGUGUUGCGGCAGGCAAAACAUGCGUUGUCACGCCGGGCAUGAUUCUUGGGCGAUGCUAUGAACCGGAAGCCACACAGCUGCACUUUGGCACCACGGAUCUGGACUAUGACCUGCACGGCAUCCUCAGCGGCAGACGCUACUCUGUGCAGGUAGAUGCACGUAUUCCCGCGGGGUUGGAAUUCUUCUGGGGCGACAACCGGGUUGAGACACUCGGCCUGGCCACCAUGAACGGGAUUGACGUGGGACCAGCAGCUGACCAGCGAGACAAUCCUCUGCGUUGGCAGGCAAUCCUUCGCAUCUUAAAAGGCAGCACUUCCGAGUCCGACUAUCGUACCGCGGAUUUGGGAAUCACCAGAACAGGCCCAGGCCCUGGUCGUCCUCGCGGCGCAAGGAAGACUUACAGUGCGGUCAGCAAGAACAGCAAGCUUGUCCGUACCGGACUUGGCGCCAUGACUGAGAACGAAGACAGCGGCGAGGGACCAUCGAACACCGCGGAUAGUGACCCAUCUGACAUGGAUCUCUCCGAGACCGAAUUGAUGGCUCCCAUUCCGUUCCGUGAGCAGAGCGAAGGGCCAGAAUAUGUACCAUGA